CGCCGUUAAGGUGCAUAUUAAUUUAAUUUGUUAGCAGCAACCAUGGUUUUAAAGUAUACCAUAUUGCACGUAGUGCUUCUAACACUAGUUCCAGCGUUUAUUAAGACAGCAGAUAAAAGAUGCCACAAGAUAUCUUUAAUAAAAAACUUUGACGUCGAAAGGAUAAUCGGUUACUGGUACGCUCAAGAGGUGGGCGAUAGCGACAGUUUCGAAAGCACAAAAAAAUGUUUGUUUUACAAUGUCAUUUCAAACAAAAAAAAAUCGAAUGCAACAAUAACUAUAUUGAGAAUUUUUAAUGUAACGGGUGCUGUUGCUAAAACUGAAAUGAUAACAUCACAGCAAAUAAAUAAUACUUCAGAAUUUCUCGCAAAAUGGAAACAAGAAGGUGAAAUUCGUAGUAUUUGGGCAGUUGCGACCGAUUAUGAUACAUGGUCGACAUGGUAUAUUUGUCAACCAGAACAUGCCGAAAGGGGAAUGUUAUUUAUUACAACGCGAGAACAGAAUCCAAACAAAGAAACACUCGAAGCAGCACGAAACGCCGCUAGAAAAGAAGGGUUUAAAAUGACAAAACCUUAUUUGAAACAAAUUGACCAUUCACAGUGCUUCAACUAAAUUUUUAUUAAUUAAAAAUUUAAAAUAAAUAAAUUCAAGAUAAACACAGAUUUUUAUUAUUUAAAUCGGUUUUACGAACCACUAACAAUAAGCCAGAAAGUAACAUUUAGGCUAGGUUUACAUGACAAAAAUUUUACGCGCGCUUUGAUAUCAAGGUAUUUAAACACUUAUUUAAAUAAACAAGAUUCUGUCGCAUGUAAUAGCCUACAUUCAAUUGUUAAGACAAAUAAAAGAGAUCUCGGAUAUCUAGAUGUCUAAUGUCUAAUGUUAUUGGUGAAAUUUACUAAAUAAACAGUAUUUAAAUUUUA